CUGCUCCAGGUACUAACACAGAGCGACGGAGGAGAAAGAGAUAUCAGUUGUGAGUGAGAGAAAAAAAAAUAUAAGAGAUCGAGAUGGCAAUGAGGUGGUGUGUAAUGCUAGUUCUUGCUCUAGCUGUAGUCCACGCUACAGCUAGGAUUGCGCCCAGCGAUGCUGGCCUCGACGACCAAAAGAACUUCGUUUCGUACGGUGGUGUUGGCGGCUAUUCUGGGCUCGGCAGCGAUGGACUCCCCUUUGGCGGAGUGGGUGGAGCUGCUGGCAUCGGUGGUGGGCUCGGCGGUGGGCUCGGAGGUGGACUUGGCGGUGGAACCGGCGGUGGUUUAGGUGGAAUCGGUGGAUUGGGUGGUACUGUUGGUGGAGGUGUCGGCAGUGGGUCUGGUGUCGGCGUUGGUGGUGGGAGCGGCGUUCUUCCAAAUCCUUGAAGUUGUUGUUGUACUGCGUGCAUGGGAUUUGAUCAGUUCAUUACCAAAUUACCUUACCGAUAGUCUACUGUUUGGCAGUUAAGUUGAUUGUAGUUGUGUGAGAUGUUCUGCAUUUUGUUUUUCUUAAUUUUCGGAUCAGCUGGCGAGAGAUGUUUGUAUUUGGAGAUGCUUUGUUUCCAAAUAUCUUAGAAACCAAAAAUAACAAUAUUGAAGAAAAUGUUUCCAUUUCUCUUUAAA